UGUGAGAGCAGCAGCCAGAGGAGGAGGAGGAGGAGGAGGAAGACGGAAGAAGGAAUCAGAGCGAGAGAAACAGUGUGGCUGCAGUCAGGAGGGAUACAAACACAGAGAGAGAGAGAGAGAGAGAGAGAGAGGAGGAGAUCCGGAGAGCUGAGAAGGUUUCCCUCCUCUCACCUCACUGACCCAUGAAAGAAGCCAUGCCGGUCCUCACAGCAGGAGCGGGGCUACAUGAGACGUUGGCCCUGCUGACCUCUCAGCUGCGCCCUGAUGCCAAUCACAAAGAGGACAUGGUGUUCCUCAAAGAUGUCUUCAGUGAGAGGAGCCUGGGAUAUCUCAUGAAGAUUCACGAGAAACUCAGACAGUACGAGAGACAGAGUCCAACACCUGUCCUGCACAGCGCAUCUUCUCUGGCCGAGGAUGUGGCAGAAGAGCUGCAGAGCGGGCCGAUGAGCACGGAAGAGAAGGAGCUUCUGCACCUGCUGACGUCGCCGCAUCUUAAGGCCGUUCUCUCGGUGCAUGACACCGUGGCUCAGAAGAACUUCGACCCUGUUCUGCCUCCACUGCCAGAUGACUUUGAGGAUGAACUGGAGGAGGAGUCGGUGAAGAUUGUCAGGCUGGUAAAGAACAAGGAGCCUCUGGGAGCCACCAUCAGGCGUGAUGAAGCCACCGGGGCCGUGACCGUGGCUCGGAUCAUGAGGGGGGGUGCAGCUGACAGAAGUGGCUUGGUCCACGUGGGAGAUGAACUCCGGGAGGUCAAUGGAGUCUCUGUGAUCCACAAGAGGCCUGAUGAGAUCAGUCAGCUCCUGUCCCAGUCCCAGGGCUCCAUCACUCUAAAGAUAAUCCCUGCCAUUAAAGAGGAGGACCGACUGAAGGAGAGCAAGGUCUACAUGAGAGCCUUGUUCGACUACAUCCCCUUAGAAGACAAAGCCACACCUUGUCAAGAGGCGGGACUUCCCUUCAAGCGGGGAGACAUCCUGCAGGUCGUAACCCAGGACGACCACACGUGGUGGCAGGCGAAGCGCGUGGGCGACAGCAACCUGCGGGCCGGACUCAUCCCAUCCAAACAGUUCCAGGAAAGGCGACUGGCCUACAGGAUGAAAAUGGGCACACUCCCGAAUCCAAAAUCCCCUAAAAAGCCUGCCUACGACCAAGGAUGUGAUAAAGAGGACUGUGACUGUGAGGGCUAUUUCAAUGGACAGUACAUAGUCUCUCCUAAGUGUAAAGCAGUGGCGCCCUCCUGUGGCCAGGUGUUUUCCUGGGAAUUUUAUUCAGCCGGUCUGCGGAGGAGUUUCCGUCUGAGCCGAAAAGACCGUCAGGGAUCCUCCGGUGAAGGAUCAGAAUCAGGAGACUCCGAGUUCCUGACCUACGAGGAGGUGACCCGCUACCAGCAGAGGUCCAACGAGAGACCCCGUCUGGUGGUUCUGAUCGGUUCUCUCGGAGCGCGAAUCAAUGAACUCAAACAGCGAGUGAUUGCUGAAAACCCUCAUCGAUAUGCAGUGGCUGUACCACACACCACCAGGCCCAAAAAACCUCAUGAGAAGGAGGGUGUGGAGUAUCACUUUGUCACCAAACAGCAGUUUGACGCAGAUGCUUUGAACAACAAGUUCAUAGAACAUGGUGAAUAUAAGGAGAACCAAUACGGCACCAGUAUAGAGGCCAUUCGCUCUGUCCAGGCCAAGAAUAAGAUGUGUAUAGUGGACGUACAGCCUGAGGCCCUGAAGAGGCUGCGGACAGCGGAGUUCAAACCUUAUGUAAUAUUCGUCAAACCUCGCGUUCCUGAGAGCAGACGUCGUCGUAGUGCCGCCACAUCGCCAGGAGGGGGCGAGCAUGGACGCAUUACAGACGAGGACCUCCAGGAGAUGCGUCAGUCCGCCAUUCAGAUCGAUCAGCAGUAUGGACACAUGGUGGACCGGGUCCUGAUCAAGGAGGACUCGGCCAGUGCCUGUGCAGAACUGCGAGGUAUUUUGGAAAGGCUGGAGCGGGAGUCCUUCUGGGUGCCGGUCUGCUGGGUGCGGACCUAAACCAAAACCCCACGUCGUCCGGAGAAUCAGAGACAGCCCACUCGGCCAGUCCUGUCCCCGGUCCUUUCCUCCCCCUCCCCUCCCCCCAAAGGUCUGCUGGUCAGCCUGGGAACUCCCUCCGCCUGGACUGACGCUGGACUGACGCUGGGCUGAGCGGGCGGCCCUGAACCGACGAACCAAAGGGAGAGAGUGAUGUCACAGGAUGUUGUCUUGGGUGGGGCGGAGCAGCUGUAGACCAGGUAACGGUCCAAAAAUCCACAGAACCCACUUUCACAAACAACCACAACUUCCUGCUGUAAUUUAUUCAGGUAGUUUAAACUGGAGCUGGAAAGGGUUCAUUUUUCACACUAAUAUUCCACUUUUAUUCCAAUACGAUAAUAUUCUUCCUAUAUGUAAUGAAUUAGGAUUUUUAUGAAUGGAGCAUUUUUUGUAUGUGUGAUAACGGGUUUCACAGACAAACAAAACACAAAGAUCCUGUAAAAGUCCACAUUUCAGUCCAGGAAGAAAAACAUCAUAAAUCAGGACUUCAGUGUGUUUUCCAGGCGAUGGGAAGUGUUCCUCUUACAAACCAUGAGAUAUCAUUUUAAAAACAAAACAAAGGAAAGAUUUGGCUUCUAAUGGAGGUCAAUAAACAGGAAUUGCAACAUCUAAAUGUGGGUUACAUUGUAAUUGUUUCAAUACUGGAUCCAAGUCCAGUUUUCUAAAAGUGUAAAUACAUUAACAUACACAUUAAUUUGUUUUAAUUUAAUUUUUCAUUUCUGUACAUUCACAAAAGCUUCAUAACAUGAAAAUAUCAACUUUUUCACCUCAGUUUAGGUUGAUUCUGUUUAACUUUUUAGUUUUAUGUUUCAGCAUUUUGACAUUUCACAACACAAACAUUAAAUUUAGCAUCUCGGGCUACUAACAGUAAUCUGUUUAUUAAAUGUGGUUUGGUUCACAAGGUGUUAACCCAUAAAGACCCAAACAGACACCGUCGAUCAAAAGCAUCUACUGACCUAAAAUGUUAAAUAACUGUUGAUCCAC